UGGGUGUACAGUUGAAUAACUGCCUCCACAAUGAAGACAGUAGGUGUAUUUGUGGUGCUCUCGCUGGCUCUUUCUUUCCUCUCAGGUAAGCACCUUUUGGUAGAUCAGAAGUUGCAUUUCAGGCCCACACAAUGGGUGCAAAAACAUCUCUUGUUCAUCAACUGAAAAGAGGGAGAGAAAUCAAUGGGAUUGCACAUUGUUAUGCAAUAUUCAAUGGGAUUGCAAGCCAGAAAUCACUGGAUUUUGUCUUCUGGCUCCAUAAAAUCUUCUCAAAAGCCUGUGGUUGAGCCUUGGCAAUGUAAAUCGUGUUAGGAGUGGGGAUUAUGAAAUGGGAUGAAUACUCCAUCUCCCAUCAAGAGUUUAUAAAAUUUGGAUGUGCCAAUUUCUUUUCACCCAUAGAGAGAAAACUAACUGUGAGGGACAAUGAUUUUGAGAGAAUGGGAUUCUUUCCACCUACCUUUCUCUGUUUCCUUUUUUGGGGGGGGGGGUAAUAAUUUUAUUAGUUUUCAAUUACAAUCCAAUAAUAGCCUCAUUAUAACAAUAUAAUUCGGUAUUUGAACUUUCUCUGCCAUUACUAAUGGUCAUCUCCAGAGACGCCUUUUUGAUUAAAAAAAGGAUGGGAAAAUGUUGCAGAAAACUCUGUGCAAUGUAAACUUUAGCCCACAAAUGUGAGUUUUUCUUCUUUCCUGCUUCAUCCUAUUUAGUGCUAACAUCCCCCUAUCCUAUUAUGUGAUGAUAAUUAUUAUUAUUAUUAUUAUUAUUAUUAUUAUUUAUUUGUACCCCGCCCAUCUGGCUGGGUUUCCCCAGCCACUCUGGGCGGCUUCCAACAAAGAUGAAAAAUACACUAAAAUGUCACAUAUUAAAAACUUCCCUGAACAGGGCUGCCUUCAGAUGUCUUCUGAAUGUCAGGUAGUUGUUUAUGUGCCAUCUGAUGCCCCUUUUGUGUUAGCUAAUGGCACCAGAAGCCAAUAAAGACAUUCUGAUUUGGAAGCACUAUUUGUCUGUUACUUUGCAUCCUUUCCUUUACAACAUGAAAACACACUACUGGGCCAGAGAAGAGUGUGAUCUGCCUAGGACAAUGGUAAUACAAAAAACAAACAAAACCAAAGUUACCAGUAGUUUUGCCAUUCCCUUUUGCCUUAGGCUGUGAUCUCGAAUAGAAUUAAAGUCCACAGAAGACAGUAUAGUAUACUGUGCUUAGGAUCUUAAUACAAAAUUAAUACAAAACUGGCAGAAGUGCAGGCAUAUUCAUUCAUUCAUUCAAAAGCAUUAAUAACUCACUUAAUAUUUUAAAAAACUCCAAGCAAUUAUACAAGCUGCUACAAUUCUGCAAAAGUGUAAAACAGAUGUGGCAGCACACGGUGCAGAAAUCAUUUUUCAGGAAACUUCAGCUACCUUUACAGUGAAAUCUUUUCCAUAUCUACUCAGAAGGAAGUUUGACUGAACUCAGUGGGGCUUAUUCUCCUUCAUUUAUAAGAUUACAGACUUGGUAAUUAACAACUUGAACUCAGUUUCCUUCAAUGACUGCUUUGCUCUUAACUGUGUAUUUUUUUGUGUUCAUGUGUGAUUUUUUAUCUUAGGUGUUGACAGUGACAGUGGAAGUGAGGUGCGUUCCUUUUCCUUUUCCCUUUUAUUGUGCUUUACAUGUUUUGUGGCAUUUGUAUGAAUGCCUUGCUCUGUAAACAAAUGCUUUCCAGACCAGGGUUCUUUACAAGUUUUAUUAACAAUCCCCCCCCCCCGCUCCCAGUGCUCCUCCAGUCAGUAGUAGUGGGGUGGGGCACAGCAGGAGUUACCCCAGACACAAAAUUUGUUAGGGGCGCAUCAUCUCAACACUUGGUGCUGCCUCAAUACAGCUAUGGGCUUCUGUUGUAAACAGCUUCUCCAUGUGAGCCAGAAAGUGACCUCUCCAGACAAUGACUCUUCUUUUCUUAUUAUAUAUCUAUAAUUUUCUCUAAAAACCUAAACAUGCUUGGAUGAAUUUAUUAUAGCUAAAAUGUGGGAAGAGGUAGGAGAAUGAGGGAAUAUGUCACAGAUAUUAGCACAGAACAAAGAGCUGCACACACUUUGAAAAAAUAAUCGUUCAUGCUUCUGACACUCAUGCUUAGUACAGAGGUUCAUUUCACUGUGAUAUCUUUGUAGAAAUUGUGAGUAGACCAAAAACUACCUAAUUCACACUUCUCGCAGCCGUAAGUGGACCAAAAACACAGCUAGCAUUAGAAAUUCACACUUCCCCUAAUUUUGCAAUGCAGUUCUGCAACCCAAACUGUGUACAAGAAUGCAUUUUAUUUUAUUUUUUGGAAAUUUGUGCAUUAAAAUGUAUAUAGGAGUGGAAAUAACAUAAAGGUGCAUUAUAUUAAGGAAAGCUGCUUGCAAAAACUGAAGGAAAAAAUGGUCUAUUGUGAGAAAUCUGCAUGAAAAUGAAAAAAAAAAUUGUGAGGAUAAACCCGUAAAUUGAUGCAGAAAUGUGGAUUAUUUAAUUUAAGAUUGGGGGAAAAUGAGAGAGGAACUGAAAUUAGCAAAUUUGUAUAUGCCUAGUCCUCCUAAUUCACAGAUGUAUAAAAUGAGGCAGCUCUCUUCUGUGGUGGCCUCUGUCCUGGACCACCAAGUAGAACCACCUAAAACCAGCCUGCAACAAAGGCACAUCAAACUGUUCCAUUGAAUCAUAUGCAUCUUGCCAUGGAAGAGCUAGGCAAUAUUGCUGAACAUCAUAGUUAUGUAUAAAUCGAAAGGAUCACAUACAACCCUUGUUUUUUCCCAGAGGCUCCAGAUUUAACAGGGGUCAGCAAACUUUUUCAGCAGGGGGCCAGUCCACUGUCCCUCAGACCUUGUGGGGGGCUGGACUAUAUUGGGGGGAGGGGAUGAACGAAUUCCUAUGCCUCACAAAUAACCCAGAGAUGCAUUUUAAAUAAAAGGACACAUUCUACUCAUGUAAAAACAUGCUGAUUCCCGGACCGUCCGCGGGCCGGAUUGAGAAAGCGAUUGGGCCGCAUCCGGUCCCCAGGCCUUAGUUUGCCUACCCGUGCUCCAGAAGAUGAAAGAAUGAAGCUGCUAGGAUAAAAAAAAGAUCAGCUGGUGAAAUAUUUCUUUUACAGGUCAAUUGUGAAAGAUAUCUAAGGGUUCCGAGAGCUGGUGGUGUAACACUAGCUUGCCCAAGCAUCUUUCUCCAAAUCUGUGGCACAGAUGGCAGAACUUAUACCAGUGAAUGCAAGAUUUGCCAGCACAACCUGUAAGUGUAAUAGAUAUAUAGAAUGCUCAUCUUUGGGUAACAAAGAAUAUGGAGGAGGAAUAAUAAAAUGCAAUAAAAUUGCCUCCUCCUCUCUUUUUAUCCCCUUCUGGACUGAAUGGUGGCAGUAUGUAUACUGGAAGACUUAAGAGGGUUCAGCAGGGUAAAAAUGAUAGGGUAUAGCAGGAGACAACAUUGUGAAAUCCUAGAGGAAACAUUGGAAGCAGAUUAUUCAUGGGUAAACUGAGAAACAACAUGAUAAUGUCUUAGGAUCAGAAAAUAAAUAUGGGAAAGGUUCUAUUGCGGCCUUAGUUGCCCCAGGGUAGGCAAAAGAUUGAUUAGGAUCUACUGGUGGAUCUCUGAGUGACUUGUAAUACAUCAAUAAGGAUUUGGAGUCCCAAUUGUUUAGCAGUACAACAACACAAAUGCUCUUAGACUUCUGGAAGACGAGAAAAGCUUGGGGAGGGAAUACUAGGAGUGGAUUUCUGUGAAACAGGACUGCUUCCCCCACAUACACUGUUUUAUACUUGGUUCUCAUAGGUGUAGGGUGUAUUUAAAAAACAAAGUACAACACUACCUCACCCCACCACAGCAUUCAUAUGUAAAGUCUUUUUUUUUACCAGCGGAAUGUAAAAAAUGGGUUUACUUCUUGAGUUCCACAUUCCUUCUCUCUUGUUUUUUCAGAGAGGCUGACGACAAUGUUGGCAGGAUGCAUUAUGGUCCUUGCAAGAGGGUAAGCAAAAAUGUUUAAAAGAUUAUGGGUAAAAAAUAAAAUAAAAAAUUUCAAAAUAGCUGCUUUAUCAUGAUGGUAGAAUUACCAUUUUGUGAAUUCAAAGAGAAGACUUCUUUUAUUUGUACAGAGCAAAGUUUCAGCAAGUGUAAUUAAUGCACCCCAUACUUUCUUCCUUCCAUCUUUUGUUAUAUAAAAAACCCAGUGCAAUCCAUCUAGAUAGCUCUGGUAGAAAAACCUAUCAGCUUUCUCUUCUACCAGUGAAAUGAAGAAAGUGACUAAUGAUGAGCUUUUCUUUCUUUCUUUGUAGAAAUAAUGAGGAGACUCUUACCUUCCAGCAUUUCAAAGAAUGUUAAGUGCUGAUUGAUUAUCCAGGAAUCAUAUAAUCAUAUAACAAUGAAUGGGACCUCCUAGUUAAUCUCCCUGCUACAUCUCAGGACCAUUCACCACUAGACCCUCACAGAUCAACUAUGCAAGCACCAAUAAUGAAAGAAGACUAGAAUCCAAGGAUUCACGUGUCAUCUUACAUCUGUAUAUGGGGACUUUUCAGACUCUCAACCAACGACAGUCUCCCCAGCUCCCCAAAAAGGCGAUUGAAGGUCAUUAUAAUCUCACUAGGGUAUAAAAAUCUGCUUCCAGAAAAGACCAUCAGGAAUGUCAUGCACACACAGAAAAAUGCUUUGUGUACACAUGCUGACCUCUUUGGAUCCUAGUCAAAGAUACUUGUUCAAAAUAUUGGUUUCCAAAUGCUAACUUGUGUACUUUCUGAUCAUCCAACAUUACAAUUUGAGUCGUAUUUAAUGGUGUCUUUCCAAUGACAGAAGGCUCUUUAACCCAGUAGAGGCUUCCAUCAGCAAAACAGGAAAUGAAUGCCAAUUUUUUCAACCUCCCACCUCACCCUGCAACUCCCAUCACACACACACUCACACACAAGUAUCUGCUCCAGGAGGUUAGGAGAGGUACCAAAAAGGCUGCAAGGUGGAGUCUGAAUCUUAAAAUAUCUCCUCCCCUCCCAUUCCACAAUGUUGGAUCAAAGAGUCUUCCAUCAGCAGAGGAACAACAUUGGAUAGGCACCUUUAAAUUUUGUUUUGUGUGAACAAUGAUCUCAAAUUCAGAUUUUGCUCCAAGAUUUUGCUACUGAUCUGCUGACAUUUACAGAUAACCCACAAUAUUACCUUAAUGAUUUUUGACAGUUCUUUACUUU